AUGGAUCGGAGUUGGAUAAAUUUUUUACGCACAACAAAUGAAUAUGAGAACGGAGUGGAAGAAUUUCUUGAAUUUGCAAAUAUGAAUGUUCUGGAUAAUAAUGGAAAAUUCUACUGCCCGUGUGUUAAUUGUUUGAAUGAGAGAAAACUACCAACUGACAUUAUUCGGGAGCAUGUUCUUUGUGAUGGUUUCUUAAAGAGCUACACAAAGUGGAUAUGGCAUGGUGAAUUAAUAGACAUGCCAAGUGUAGAUGUGUCUGAAGCAGAAGAAGUUGAUUUAGAGAUGGAUGAUCGAAUGGAGGAAAUGAUUCAUGAUAUUGGACAUGAUUCCUUUCAACGUGCGAAUGUGUAUGACAAUUUGUGUAAUGACGCAGAAAAACCUCUGUACGCAGAAUGCACUAAGUAUACUCGAUUGUCAGCGGUAUUAAAAUUGUUCAAUGUGAAGGCAAGAAAUGGGUGGACUGAUAAAAGCUUCACAGAAUUACUUGAGUUGUUGAGUGACAUGCUUCCUAAAGGUAACACGUUGCCAACACGCAAUUAUGAUGCGAAGAAGAUAUUGUGUCCGAUGGGUAUGGAGUAUCAAAAAAUUCAUGCAUGCCCAAACGAUUGUGUCUUGUACAGGAAGGAGUUAGCCAUGUUACAUCAAUGUCCACGAUGUGGGGUGUCAAGAUACAAACAGAAACAUAGUGAGUUUGAAUCUGAUAGUAAGGGUCCUCCAGCAAAAGUUUUGUGGUAUCUUCCUGUAGUUCCACGGUUGAAACGUUUAUUCAGCAAUGCAAAUGAUGCAAAACUCAUGAGAUGGCAUGCAGAUGGACGUACAACAGAUGGCCAUUUGAGACAUCCGGCAGAUGGUUUGCAAUGGAAGAAAAUUGAUUCCAUGUUCCCAAAUUUCUCCAAUGAUUCAAGGAACAUUAGAUUUGGACUUGCUACAGAUGGAAUGAAUCCAUAUGGUAACUUGAGCAGUAAACAUAGUUCAUGGCCUGUUCUAUUAGUGAUUUAUAAUUUACCUCCUUGGUUGUGCAUGAAACGCAAAUAUGUUAUGUUAUCCUUGAUGAUCUCGGGUCCAAGACAACCAGGAAACGACAUUGAUAUUUAUUUAACCCCAUUAGUUGAAGAUUUGAAGAUGUUAUGGGAGGAGGGUGUUGAUAUGUUUGAUGGGUACACUAGUGAUUCAUUCAAGUUGCAUGCCAUGUUAUUUUGUACAAUCAACGACUUUCCAGCAUAUGGUAAUUUAAGUGGAUAUAGCAUUAAGGGUCACAAAGCAUGCCCUAUAUGUGAAGAAGGCACAUGUCACCAUCAACUACAACAUGGAAGGAAAACAGUAUACCUUGGACAUCAGAGAUUUCUUAGUACAAACCAUCCAUAUCGUAAAUUGAAGAAAGCAUUUAAUGGGUGUCAAGAAAAUGAAUUAGCUCCAAUGGUUUUAAGUGGGUCACAAGUGUAUGAGCGUGUGAAAGACAUUGGGGAAGAAAAGGUCAAUUUUCUUUGA